CGUCUGUCUCCAGUAUCGUGCUAGCCACGCAUGCAAGGACAACAUCUCAAGGACGAGGUAAACCAGCCACACGUGGUUGAUAAGAUCAAUCAAUCAAGGAACGAGAAGCAGGGGAAGAUCAGAUCAUGGACGCCGAACUUGGUGAUCGUUGUCUUUUUGACCAUGAUCGUCGAGACCCCUCGGGCGGCUGGAUUGGUCAAUGCUCCGCACUCCUCCGCAUCAGUCGUCGUGGCUGCCACUUUUGAAGAUUUCGGCAUGGUCUUCAUUGUAACAUCUCUUACUGCUGUCUUGUAGUUGUGAUGUCUGAUAUGAGAAAGUAGGUUUUAUAGUAGAGCCCCUUU